AUGCAUCACACACGACAUAUUAGCUUAAACUCCGUAGGCAGAGAUAUCCUACCACUGAUAUUCACCAUCGUUACUGAGCAUAGCCCUUCUCGAAACAGAGGAUUGAGUCAGCACCGGCAACUCACAAUCCUCGCAACCACAUGUAUCCUGUGGAAGGAAAUCCUUAUUCCUAGACUCGUAAAUGCGCUUAUUAUUGAAUACGCUGGAAACGGUCACUGGAUGUCUAACGCGGACCAAAUAUUGUCGGCAGGGUGUCCUGAAUUGACUACGAAGGUUUUAUUGACUGGCUGUAUCGAUCAGAAGGGUAUCUCAACAUUUCUAACCAUGCUGGGGAUAUUUGGAAUCGAUUCCGUCGUAUGGAGUGGAGUUCGGGUUUUGGAGUUUGAGAAUGGCAAUAGCCUUGUUAUUCCGGUCGAGUACGAGGACAGUCAUUCUGACAUCUGCGACUACCUCUGUCAACAAUUCCCAAACCUGGAGGUCCUUAAUUACGAGAAAUGGUAUUCUCUCCCAGGACUAUUUGCGGCAGAGUUAAUCUGCGCCUUGCCACAUAUCUCGAUACAUAACAGAGGAAAGAUAUGUAUUUACGGGUUUACACUGAGUCAUGCUCUCACAAACUAUCCUGAGAAUAUCACCAGUCUAGACCUCAAUGCAAAGUCAGUUCGGGAUCUCGACAUCACCCUGCAGCUCCGGUCUUCACAAUUUCGACGGAUUCUCUUUUACAACAUUACUGACCAAAUACCAUGGGGGCUAUUUAAGAGCAAAUAUUCUGAUGUUAUUGAGUUUACAAACCUCGAAUGGUUCAGAUUAAACUGCAUUGGCAGGACAAACCACCCCACAUCCGCAGCAAACAAUAGGCUUACUUUGCGGUUUCCAAAGCUUCAGAGGCUGGAUACAGAUAACUCUUUCAACUUCUUUACCGACUUCUAUUCGUUGUUUGCUGAGAUACCACUCAUUGCUCUGAAGAUCUGGGAACAGGCACGUCACUUUCAGAGAAUCGAUCCACAAAUCGUGCAAGCUGCUGAUACUCUAGAUAUUACGAUCCAAGGGCAGCUUCGCUCCAUCGACCAGCUUCACACUGAGCAGGGCUCAGUGGACACAUUCUUGGUAUUUUUCUUGUCUGCUGCAACCUUGCAGCCACCGAAUCUCCGGCGUCUGGUGUUGAAGGCAGAGUUUAUACACUAUAGCUUUGUUGAGCGCCUCCUUGUCCAGAUCCCUAGCCUGCGAGUUGCCAGAUUUGAGUGCAGUAAUGGCAUGGAAGAAAUAAGAACAGCUGGGGAUGAGUUCGAGCCCGUGGACCCGGAGAAUUUACCGUCGCGGAUUGGUACAUUGCCAAACCUUGAAGAGUUUAGGCUUUAUAAUUUUGGUCAGUGGGUAGCAGCAGACUGCGAGUGGGCCUGCCAAUUUAUUCUGUGCUCUCCAUCACUACUUCGAAUCGGUGUGCCAGACUCGGCCCAGUCCGCUAUAUUUAGAUUCUGCCAGACCAGACGCAUAUUUAUUGACAUCCAGGUUCGUAGCUCAUACAAUCCUUUUCUCAAUGGCUUAUUAGUUGACAGUCUUAUUUAG